UGUAUCUGGUCUGAAGGAAUCCUCUGAUGGGUUUACGUCCAAAUGAGCUGACGGCGAGAAACGGGGCGGUGCUGCUGCUGAAGACACACAGAGACCGGGUGAGGGACACGUGUGAAAUCAUCUUCUGCAGACACACCGUCUCCUGAUGUAGGACGUCUCCUACAUCAUGUGGAUGAAGCUAGUUUAUCAGUCACAAACCGUAGGCUAAUUACCGGACGAAACCGGAAACGAUUACGCGAUUGGCAUCUGUACUAUAAACAUCACAGUGCUACAGUCGCAUCUGUGGGAAAGGAGAGCCUUGAUUUGAUUUCUCUUGUUUAUGUAUUCAGACCGCAGCUCUAGUCUGCUCUGUGAUAUAAAGGUAGGUGCUGAUCCGGGGUUUUAACAUCUGCGCGCGGUUAUCUGUUAGCAAACACAUCUCUCCAGAUAAGAGAGCAGAGGAAUGCGGAGCCAUUUGUUCCCCAGAGCUUCGAGAGAACAGCCUAGUUUGUUUAAAACCCGAAUAUAAAAGCCUGCUUUGUUAGGAGACGUGACUGCUGCUGUGAAAGCCCGGUCUGCUGAAUACAAUAAUAGGACAGCAUCAUGCUUCUGUCUUAGUGUAGCUUAGGCUAUAUCAGAUAUAUGCGUUUCAAUGUCUAGGCUGCUCCAGCUGUGUGGAGGAAACAUGGACCGCUAUGAGGAUUUCUGCGCACGCAUUCUGUCUGAGCUGCGGUCGGAGAUGAUGCACGAGAGGAGCUGCAGUAGCGCGCGUGCUCGAGAGGGCGCGCACUCGCGCAUCUGCUUCAACGGCAGGCCGCUGUUGUCUCCGGUUCUAAGUGAGAAACAACGAAGGGAGAUGGUUGAAUACAAGAAAAGAGCUUCACAAAUGGAGGCCGAGAGACAGAUUCAUUACAACAAAAACCUCCUCAAUCAGAUUCAGACCAUUCUUUGGACCAAUGAGGCACCACAAAUAUUGGACGUGCCAAAGCCUUCAGAGCAGUGCCCUUCUCCCUCUCCGAAAACAGACUCCAGGAAUGGUUUUACAGUAGCUGAUACUGCAGACAUUUCACCGGCUGGAGCCACAGAGCCGUACAUUUGGUCUAAUGAGCCACCGGUGACCCCUUCAGCUGAGCUGCAUGGAGUGAGGAGAAGAAAAUCCACAGAAGAAAAACACAUGCAAGAGGACAUUCAGACGGAAGGAGUUUGCCUGCAGAACCUACUCAAGAAAUCACGCGAAUUCAUGGAAAAGGAGCAAGGUAAACAGGGGUCAAAGGUCAUCAGCAACACAAUGGUUGAUCCGAGCAGGAUCCUCUCUGAAAGCCCGCCAGUUAAAGAAAACAGCUGUUCUUUGGAUGAGAGUGCCUUUGGGUUACCCUUUUAUAUUCCCUCUCCAAACCAAACCUCUCCCAGUAACCUGAUAAGCCCAGAACCCGGUCUAAAGCCCGGUUUAAUAGCCAGACCCCACCACGGACGUCCUCGUCCCAUUUCUGCCGGGAGCAUCUUCUUUUCUUUGGUUGAAAACCCCAACCAACCGAACAUGACAGCGAAUGCAAGGCCACUGGAAGUCAAAACAACUGCAACACAGGACAGGAAGCUACUCGGGGUGGAAAAUGUAUGUAUGGGUCGAUAUGAUGAUCACUCGACCCUGGGACACCCGGAAACUUCUCCAGUGGAUCCUGAGCUCACAAGCCCUCUGUUUCGAAGGAGAUGCCACACGCUGGAUAGCCACCUGUCCUCACGCCAUCAGAGUCCCGUCAUAGACCGGAGCCAGGAGAGAAUGCCUCGGUUUAUGGCCGGGGUCACCGCAAGAACGCCCACUCGACUGUCUCCUCCCUCACCCAUGAACAAGACGUUCACACGGGACGGUCCUGUAGCAGCAUUUAUGGGGUCUGGGAUCACCCCAGACUCUCCUUCUCAUGCCAAACUACCUUUUGAGAUGGAGAGAAACAGUGUUAUUAGCACUGCGCUGAAAGAAAGGAGAACAGAUGAGAUGCAAUGGCAAGUCCACGCUCUAGAAGACAUGCAGAGGUCUCUGGAGGACGAUUAUUCUUUCCGGAUGUCCUGUCUGAUGGAGGAACAAGAGCGAGAACAACUGCACCUCAGUCAGGAGUCAGAGGAGCGGGUCAGGAGACUGAGGGCUCAGGGUGGUCUGAGUCCUGUAGCCGGUGAGGACGGGUGUGAACGUUACCCGUUACUGAGUCCUUUAAGCCCAGGAGACAGAUCGCCAAGACACUCUGUGCCAACCAUUGGUUUCCCUUCCACCAGUUCGGAUGUGUUAUCCCCUUCGAAACAGACUCCCAUGUAUAUGAGAAUCCUGAAUCACAGCGCCGGCAAGAGAAACAGACUGAGCCAGGUUGUGACAGCGGAGCAGCAGAGGGCACUGUGUCACCUCACUGCAGCCGUGAAGGGCUUCCUCAUCAGACGACUGCUGAAAACGGAGAAAGUCAAGCACCUGCGGCAAACGGUGCAGGACACGCAAGAGUUUAUCCGUUCGUUCAGCACUGAUGCUCCUCAGAGAAGCGUCUCUCUGUCCGAGCAGGAUCUGUGUCUGCGGGAGCGCGUCAGAGCGCAGUUACGCGCGGCCUUGUUUGACAUUCAUGAUAUCUUCUUCACGAUGACACUGGAGGAGCGUCUGUGUCUGCUGCAGCAAGACCGAGAGCUGCGCUCCGAGAGGAAGCUCAGAGAGAUGGAAAAAGCUAAAAGUCCCAAGGACAAGGUGAUUUUGUCGGCUGCUACCCAGAAAUCUCUUGAAAGAAAGAAAAGAGUUGGGGAAUCUCCAGGUCAGCCCAGAAGAGCUCAGAAGACCAAGAGUCCUCCUACAAAUAGCAGUGUUCCUGAGUCUGUGUGUUGUGUUGAAGGAUCCUGCAGCCCAGUCAGGGCCAGAACGCUCCUGUUUCAGGCCAGCCGCUCCUGCGCCGUGGGAGUUACAAGAAGACCCCAGAAGAGAGAGUGCAGCAUUCUGAGAGGCUGAAGAAACAGCAUUCACUGGGCUGACCUCAUAUACACUUAUCAACUCAACGUGAAAAAAUGAUAUUGUGCUAAUCAUGCUUCUAAAAAUACUCCCCUGCUAGCCAUCUCACUGAAUUAUGACUAUAAAAUGUCAUUGCUAUCUAGUUCUUCCCAUGAUUCUACUAUACUGCUUAUGAAUAUAGAAUCAGUCCAGAUAUUAUUUAGCUAUAGUUUACUAUAGGUUACAUAACUUAUUAUAAUCCACAUAGUAGUACUAAAUUACCUUUUUUUUAAAAUUCCGUAAAGGUGGGAUUGUCCAAAUAACAGAAGCCUGCAUUCACACAGAGAAAAGUUCAAAGGGUAGUUCACCCAAAACUGAAAAUUCUGUCAUUAAUUACUCGCCCUCAUGUCGUUCCAAACCCGUAUGACCUUUUGUUCGCGACAUUAUUCAACAAUUCGUCUCCUUUGCAUCACCCUAUAGCGCCAUUUUGGAAAGUAUCACUACAACGUAUUCAACGUAUGUACGCAGAUACACUGUUUACAUUCAAAUAAAAGUGUAAAUAACGUAUCCGCGUACAUACGUUGCAUUUGUUGUUUGCGUUCAUUUUUGGGUGAACUGUCCCUUUAAUGCUGCCGUGUCAAUGUCAGAUAGUAGAAUAUGAAUACGUGUCUAUGAAGAGUACACACAUUUCUCCAGAAUUAAAUGAAUGUAUUUGAUCAACUAGCGCUGAAUUUGUGCUUUUAAUCUUAAUACUUUACUUAGAACUACAAUCCUGUCAGUUGUUUAUGAAUGUAUUUGCUCUUGCCUUGUGUACUUAAGAAGCACUCGACACAUUUGCGUUAAAUAAAACAAUGGAAUGUUUAAUAAACAAGUUUAUUUAAUAAAAAUAUUUGUGAAUUCAGUGAAUAAAGACACCGGUAUCAAAUAGGAAGGCACAUGUCGAACAAUUACUUUAAAGAAAAUUCAUUUUCAAAUCUGUAAAAACAACCUCAGUGAAUGUUUUUAUGAGGAAUGUGGUUAUAUGCGAUGCUCUCUGUCAUUCAACACAAAGCAAAAAGUAUUAACAAAAUAACCAAGCAAAGAAAGUUAUUUUGGGUCACCUUUGAGUCGAUGGUUAAGAACUUAUAUUCAGUUAAUUAUAUAUUAUUUAUAGUGCUGUCAAACGAUUA